AUGUCGUUCUCACCAAGCGGCGGCGAGGAAGACCCGGCCAAGCAGCGUGAGCUGCGCAAGCUGUGGCGGGCCUGGCGGACGGUUCACGAGAUGUGCCAGGACCGGGGUUACGAGCUGGCCGAGGACGAGGUCAAGAUCAGCUUCGACGAGUUUGUCAACAAGUUCACCAUGCCAGACGGCACGGCCGACCGCGGCAAGAUGCAGUUUUCCGCUCGGCCAUCCGACGCCAUGAUCAAAAAGUACACGCCGCCACCGACGGCCGCCCGCCCCGACCCGGUACAAGAGUGCGGCACGGUCUGGGUAGAGUUCAUGACCGAGCCCCAGAUCGGCGUCAAGGAGAUCAAGCGCUUUGUGCAGCACUGCGACGAGCACAGCUUCCGCGCCGGCAUCAUGGUCACGCAGGGCGCACUGAGUGCACAGGCACGCAAAGUGAUCAACGCGACGAUGAAUUACACACAGAUUGAGUGCUUUAUGCAGGACGACCUGCUGGUCAACAUUACGCACCACGAGCUGGUGCCGACGCACGUCGUGCUCAGCAAGGAGGAGAAGACGGCGCUGCUGGCGCGGUACCGCCUCAAGGAGACGCAGCUGCCGCGUAUCCAGCAAAAGGAUCCCGUGGCGCGGUACCUUGGCCUGAAGCGCGGCCAGGUCGUCAAGAUUAUCCGGACGAGCGAGACGGCUGGUCGCUAUGCCAGCUACCGGUUGUGCGUGUAA